UUGUUGAGAUUGAGAUGGAACUUGGAAGACAGAGGCAUGUGAUCUUUCAAACGCUUAUGUCACUUGCCAACCCCAACCUAUUUGCUUCCACACAGUUGUCUCCACAUUCAAUAUUUUCCUAUACACCGUUUCAUCCAUAUAUAUGACAGAUAUAUUAUCUCAUAAAAAAAAUCAAGAAAACCACAAACUUUCCAAAAUCUGUUCUCCAAGUCAUUUGUUAACUUCAACUCAUUCUCAAGUGAUAACUUGAACUUUUAAACAUGGCUAUCAGAUUGCCUAGUUUUAUGCAAGCAAAGCAGAUCCUCUGCCGGGGGAGUUUGUUUGCAAACCGAGCAGCUUCAACAUCUUCAGUAGGUGUUCCAAAAGGCUUCUUGGUAGUGUAUGUUGGAGAGAGUGAAAAAAGGAGAUACAUGGUUCCAAUUUCAUUCUUGAGUCAGCCUUCAUUUCAAGAGUUGUUAAGUAAGGCAGAGGAAGAAUUUGGAUUUGACCAUCCAAUGGGUGGACUCACAAUUCCUUGCAGAGAAGAAAUCUUCGUUGAUCUCACUUCUGGGUUGUAUGGCUUGUGAUUCAUGGUUCACAUAUAAAUUAUCUGAACAAUUUUGUAAAGACUUAUACAUUCUCUUGCAUCUAUGCUUUUUAGCAUAAGAAGAAAGGGAUCCAAAUUUUAUGACUAGUUGAGAAAGUUGCAAAUAGAAAUAGUUGGCUGUACAUGAUGAUCAAUUCUAGAAUUAGCAACA